AUGGUGGAACCGAUCAAGGGGCUCAAGUGGAAGUACGGGGGUGAGAAAACCACGGACUCAUUCAUCGCGAUCGACGUGGACACCAAGUAUCAGGAGAUCAUGGGCUUUGGCGGCGGAUUCACGGAAGCUGCAGCACUGCAGGCAGUGCGUACAACUUCGGUCGGUGUGCCGAUGGGGUCGUACAAUUUCGCCGAGACGGAGAACGACAUGGAACUUAAGGACUUUGAUGUGGACGUGGAGCUACGGCGCGACGAGAGACUAUGCACGAUGUGA